CACAGCGAAGAUGGCGGAUUCGUUGGCUGUCGGGACGUCAGACGAAAAAGAUCCCGAAAAUGAGGAUCACAAAGGGGUGAAAUGCUUGUGGGCUCCAGCAGCAAUGUCGGAGAAAGCGAACAUCUCGGCCACCAUGACGGAAACUCUGGGAUGUUACGAGAAUCCCGCGGUUAAAGACGAGCAGAUGGAGCACUCAGAUGUGGAUGAACCUGAGGAUCCAUCUCUAUUGAGGUUCAUGUGUGCAGAACUGACCAGAGGAUACUUUCUGGAGCACAACGAGGCCAAAUACACGGAGCGCAGGGAGAGGGUUUACACAUGCAUGAGGAUCCCCAGAGAGCUGGAGAGGUUGAUGAUAUUCGGGAUCUGCCUGUGUCUGGAUGCUUUUCUGUACGUGUUCACCCUGCUGCCGCUCAGGACUCUGCUGGCUUUCCUCAGGUUGCUGACCAUACCCUGCUGCGGCCUCGGCGCUAAUGUUUGUCCUUAUUGCAGACGGAGCAGUGGCUCCCGGUUCCUGCAGCCAGCUCAGGUGUGUGACCUGCUCAAAGGUUUAAUCAUGGUCCUCUGUUACUCCAUGAUGCACUAUGUGGACUACGCCAUGAUGUACCACCUGAUUCGAGGCCAGUCAGUCAUCAAACUCUACAUCAUCUACAACAUGCUGGAGGUUGCAGAUCGACUGUUCUCGUCUUUUGGGCAAGACAUUCUGGACGCUCUCUACUGGACGGCCACUGAACCAAAAUCACGGAAAAGAGCCCACAUUGGAGUCAUUCCCCAUUUCUUUAUGGCCGUCUUCUAUGUCUUUCUGCAUUCCAUCCUCAUCAUGGUGCAGGCCUCGACUUUAAAUGUGGCCUUCAACUCGCAUAACAAAUCACUGCUCACCAUUAUGAUGUCCAACAAUUUUGUGGAAAUCAAAGGAAGUGUGUUUAAGAAGUUUGAGAAGAACAACCUUUUUCAGAUGUCUAACAGCGAUAUAAAGGAACGGUUCACUAAUUACGUAUUGCUCCUCAUCGUGUGCCUGAGGAACAUGGAGCAGUUUUCGUGGAACUCAGAUCAUCUCUGGGUGCUGCUGCCUGACGUCUUUAUGGUGAUCAUGUCUGAGGUUGCGGUUGACAUCGUCAAGCACGCCUUCAUCACCAAAUUCAAUGACAUCACAGCUGACGUCUACAGUGAAUAUAAAGCCAGCUUGGCCUUUGAACUUGUGAGCAGUCGACAACAAAAUGCCUACACAGAUUACAGUGAUUCAGUGGCGAGAAGGAUGGGCUUCAUUCCCCUGCCUCUUGCUGUUCUGCUGAUUCGUGUGGUGAUGAGCUCAGUGAAGAUCCAGGGCGCUCUCUCUUCUGUCUGUCUGCUCCUCUUUUAUCUUGGGUUGAUAACACUGAAAGUGUUGAAUAGUAUCAUUAUUCUGGGAAAGUCCUGUCGUUAUGUGAAAGAAGCUAAAAUGGAGGGUAAGCUGUUUGAAAGACCAAACCCUCAGACCCCAAAACAGACUCCCAAGAAAACCAACCCAGCCAGAUCUCCUCCACCGGCAGCUGAACCAAAAAUGCAUCGACCCUCCGCCUCCAUCACGAAGCAGCCGACCCCUCAAGCAAAGCCUUUUCCUUCACCUCCGGCCCCUAAACCCAAGGAGACCACCGAUCCUCCUCCAGAUCCUCCUUCUCCCAAUCCAGAGGAGAUAAUCAGCGGUGACACUCAGCAAUCUACUGAACUCAAACACAGGACCAGCAAAAAGGAUCUGCUGGAGAUCGACCGCUUCACGAUAUGUGGAAACCGUAUCGGGUAAACUUUAACCUCAUCACCCCCACAGCCAAUGCUCAGGAACGAAAGUCUACAAAGCUUAACCGUGAGAGGGUUUUCAAUGAGCUCUUCAGAGAUUGCUUCUGUUCAUCUCUGACUGGAAAAUAAUGUUUCCACGAACAUUUCAAAGCAAGAGUCUGUUCACUCUUGGUAGACUGGCAUCAUGUGGUGUGGAGUCUAGUAAAUAUUGCCGUAGGAUGUAAUUGUCUCGGUUUUAUCAGAGACUAUUUAAAUGAGGCAUGAACAUCAUACAAACUAGGCUCUGCCCACUCACAAUUUGAGUGCACUGCAAAAAAUGCUUGUCUUGGAGGUUUUGUCAAAGAUAUCUACAAAUUCUUUAAUCAAGAAGCCUUUUCUACACAAGUAAAAAUGUUGUUGUUUUCAGAAAUAAGAAGUCAAAAUUAAGUGAGUUUUUCAUUAAAACAAGCUAAAUAAGCUGCCAAGUGGGGUGAGCAAAAUAAUCUUGUUUUUUUCUUUGAAGUAAGAUAUUUAAGUUUUUUGUUUACCCCAUUGGCAGAUUAUUUUGCCGGUUUUAAAGAAAAAUCUCGCUUAUUAUUUACUUAUUAUUUCUGAAAACAAGACAAUAUUUGUUUACUUGUCUAGAAAAAGCUUCAAUUCAUCAAACAACAAUUGUUUGAUCUGUAGCAAAUCAAAAAAUAAGUAAAUAAAUGAAAUUAUAUAAAAAUAUAAACAAUAAUAAUAAUAAUAAUCAUGUUUUUGCUUUGAAAUAAAUUUAUUUUUUUGGGUAACACUUUAAAAUAAUGGUCCAUUAGUUCAUGUAUUUACUAACAUGAACAAACUAUUAGUAAUACAUUUAUAACUGUGUUUAUUCAUCUUUGUUAAUAUUUGUUAACGCUAUUUAAGUGUAAUACUGUUAGUUCAUGUUAACUCACAGCGAACAACUUUGGAUUUUAAUAAUGCAUUAGUUAAUGUUGAACUAUGAUCAGGAAGUGCUCUACAAGAUUAUUCAUGCUUAGUUAAUGUUAGUAAAUGCAUUAACUAAUGGACCGUUAUUCUAAAGUGUUUGCUUUUUUUGUUUACCACACUGGCCGAUUAUUCAUCUUAAUUUUUACUUAUUAUUUCUGAAAACAAGACAAUGUUUUGUACUUGUCAGUAAGCUUCAGUUUAUUUAACAACAGUUCUUUGAUCUGUAGCCAAUAAGAAAGAAUAAAUAAAAUUAUAUAAAAAGUAAUCAUGAUUUUCUCUUUGAAAUAAGAUCAUUUUUGUUUACCCCUCUGGCAGAUUAUUUGGCUUGUUUUAAAAAAAAUCUCCCUCUAAUAUUUACUUAUUAUUUCUGGAAACAACAAUAUUUUUCUCGGUCUAGAAAAAGCUUCAAUUCAUUAAACAACAUUUGUUUGUUCUGUAGAAUAAUCAAAAAGAUAAUAAAAUAAAAUUAUUUUAAAAAUAAUAA